AUGCACACAUCCCUGAUUGAAUGUAGCAAGCAGGCUCGGGGUUAUUCUCUGAAGCAUUUCACCCGGAUAAUCAAAAACAAGACCCGUCGGGUUCGCGAUGGUCUUCUUCCAGAAAUCACUGAACAGGACUGCUCUGAACAGAUGAAGAUUCUUUCCGACGUUCUUUUGCCCGAGCUUGAUGAAGCACUUUUCGCCAUUGCCCACGGUGAUUUAUCACCACAGAAUAUUCUCAUAGAUGCAUAUCACAAUAUCAUUAGGUAA